AUGGCACAAAUGCGCGCAGUGUUGAUCAAGAACGGCAAGAGCGACUCGGCGCAGGACUUGUACAUCGGCGAGGCGGAGCGCCCGACCCUCAAGCAGGGCGACGACCGGAUCAUUGUCAAGAUCAAAGCCUUUGGCGCGAACCGCAUGGACAUCAUGCAGCGACGCGGCAUGUACCCUCUCCCUCCCGGCGCUUCGACGAUCCUCGGUGUCGAGUUCAGUGGGACGGUCGAAGAGCCCGGCUCGAGCGACUUCAAGAAGGACGAGGCAGUCUUCGGCCUCGCAACCGGCGGCGCCUACGCCGAGUACAUCUCCGUCCCAGCCGGCAUGUGCACUCGCAAGCCAGACCACGUCUCGUGGGAGCAAGCCGCUGCCGUUCCCGAGAACUGGCUGACGGCGUGGCAGGCCCUGUUCGUCAUCUCUGAGAUGAAAGAGGGAGCAAAGGUGUUGAUUCAUGCGGGAGCUUCGGGCGUUGGAUUGGCGGCUAUCCAGCUGGCCAAGUCGUUCGGAGCCGGCCUGGUCAUCGCCACCGCCGGCACCGACGAGAAAGUCUCCUUCGUCGAGCAGCACGGUGCGAAAGGCGUCAACUACAAGACCCAAGACUUCCCAACCGAAGUUCUCAAGCUCACGCAAGACUCGGGCGUCGACGUCCUCGUCGACUUUAUCGGCGCGAGCUACUGGGAGAAGAACCUCAAGUCGCUUGCGAGGGACGGGAGGAUGGUCAUGCUUGGCUUGAUGGGUGGAGCGAAGACGGAGGGUCCGACGGAUUUGAGCCAGAUCCUGUACAAGCGCGUUCGGAUCGAGGGAACGACCCUUCGCUCCCGCUCGCUCGAAUACCAGACGAACCUCCUGCAGGAGUUCUCCAAGAAGGCGCUCGACAAAGUCUUUGCGCGCUGCAACGGCGACGAUGGACUCGACCUCGUGAUCCACAAGGUCUACGACUGGAAGGACGUUGCGGCCGCUCACGAGGAGAUGGAACAAGCCAAGAACAUCGGCAAGAUCAUCCUCACCAUCUCGUAG